GACCGUAUUAAUCAAUACACCUUGCGGCUUGCUUAGUGUCACUGAACUCUCGAGUAUAGAGUUCAGUGCUUUGUGUUUAUCCUGUGGUUUUAAAUUUUUAUAUCAAUAAUAAUUAUUGUUUAUUAACAAGUAAUAUUACUUUUUUUUCUAUUACUCCAUUAUCGAUUUAUGAUUAUAAGCUUUAGUGAUUCUACACAAUUGUUUCAAACAUCUUUGAAGAAGUUCUAUUGACUGCGUAAAUCCAGAAAAUAAAGGUCUUGGUAACUCUAUGAUACAAAAUGCCAUUGAACGAGACUGUUAUUCUCCUUAACAUUAUAGAACCAAUUACAUCAAUCAACUAUAUUAGGGAAAUAUUAUUUCCUCAUGUGGCCAGUAUCUUACAGGAUUACGUAUCAAAUCACAAGGGAAAAUAUAAGGAUGAUGAGAGCUAUCAACAAUAUUUAAAAUCAUGGCAUGUACAAGCAUUUGAAGUUUCCAUAUCUGAACCUGUACUUCCAGGCGAAAAAAUGAAAACUAUCAUUAAUAAUAAUAUUAGACCGUGGAAUAUGAGUGACUCAAGGCUAAAUUGCUGUAUGGAUAAUUAUGUUAUUAACAUGUGGAACCUUGGAUAUGAAACUGGUAUUAUAAAAGGUCAUAUAUAUGAAGAUGUAUUACCUGUUUUAAAAAAGCUAACUGACUUGGGUAAAAAAAUAUGCACUUACUCUUGUUUUAAAACAUCACUUCAAGAGAAUUUUUUUAAACAUACAGAUUAUGGAGAUGUGUCUGGUGUAUUUUCAAAAUAUUUUGAUAUUAAUAUGGGUCCAAAAGACUCUGAAACCACCUAUAAAGAUAUUGCUAAUGAAAUAAAUGUAAACUGUAGCGAUAUUUUAUUUUUAACUAACGUAGUUGCUGAUGCAGAAGCAGCUUUAAAAGCCGGCUGUAAUUCAGUUCUUUUGGUAAGACCCACUAGCGCUCCAUUGGAUCCUGAGAAAAGUUCAAAGUUUAGAAUUAUUAAGACACUAGAUGAAUUAUUGUAAAUUAAGUAGUAACACUAAUACAUUUUGAUGUCAUUAAAAUUGUAAAAACAUAAAUACAUACCAUUUAUUACAAAUGUAAUAUUCAUUUUUUAUUAACUUUUCUUAUAAUACAAGUAAAAAUAAAUUAUGUAUAUUUUAUACAUUUUAAGUAAAUUUGGUUUUAUUUAUGUUUAAAUAUUUUUGUUUGUAAAGAAACUUGUAAACAGUUUGAAAUUUGAAUUUUAUAAAUCGAAACGGUUAUAUUAGAUACAUAAUUACUACACUUAUAUGUAAUUGUUAUCAUGCAAUAGAUUAAGUUCAUUCGAGAAAUUAUAUUAACGCAUUAUUAAUUUGUAUUGGGUUUUAGCGUAUUCACUAUAAAUGUUUAAAUGCCUAUACAAUUUAAUAAAUAUAAAUUGAAUUUAUAAUAAAUAAAAAAUGUUGAGCAUGGUACCUAUAUAAUGUCAACUACGAUAAAUAGUCGCAUUAUUUUAGAUGACGUUUUAUACCAACCACCAAACUAAAGUCAACAUAUUUCAUUAAUAUACCAAAUUUUUUUCAAAUUGCUCUCCACAUUAUUCUGUAGGUAGAUAAUUAAGUAUUUUAAAAUCAGACAAUCGAAGUCUUCCUUUAUAUUUUUUCGUAUCAAACAUCAAUUAGUUUGUAUCUACAACUUCUUCAAUUUUAUUUUAAUAUGCAUUCAACUAUUCAAGAAAAAAUUGGCAUACAUUCAUCCAAUCACAUGCUGUUUGCUAUUUUUUUUUUAUUUUUCUGCAGUCACUAUAUGUUCAUAUACCUAAUAAAUUUUAUAAUUUGGGUAAAUUUUAAAUCAUCGAGUCGAAACCAAAAGUUACAGAGGAAUAUUGAGUGACACGGCUUUUGUUCAGCGCAUGGCCAUCUUUAAAAAGGGUGAGUCACUGACCAACUGCGUUUGUUGGCAGUUGACGAUCUACAUCAGUUAAAGACGCAAUCUUAUAUCCGUUUAGGUUUCGUGACCGACCUAAACUCACUUAAACUCUGCAUAUUUUCCUGAUUCAUAUCUAUAGCUCUCCUAAGAUAUGUAUCUUAGAUACAAUUGUAUCUUGUAUCUCGAUACGAUUAUAUGAAGUAUUGAGUAUCUUGUAUCGCGAUACAUACAAUAAAACAAUUUUAUCGAAUAAUACUCGAUACUUUGAAAAAAUAAAUUUUUCAGGAUUAUUUUUACUCGCCUAUACCAACCGCGACAGUUUGACUAUGUUUUAGUAUAAUACUAUAUUAAUAUGUGUAAAAUAAUGUGCGCGGUAAAUUUAAAUUUAUGAAUCCAUAAUUUAAUUGCAGUACAACUUAUACGAAAUUAUUUUUCAACAUAUUAGCCAUAUUAAGUUAUAUCUGUAUAUCCCUGGCAGGAUUUAUUCAUAAUCCUACCAGGAAUAAAUGAUCAGACAUUACUUUUGAAAAAUUAGUAAGGAAAUAAGAAUAUUAUAUGAUAUCUAUAAUUUAUUUUUAUUAUUAUUUAUUUAUGUAAUUUAAUAAUUGACUUAUAAUAUAUUUAUACUUAAUUAAUAUUUGAAAUUUUAAAGUUAAAUGUAAUUAAAUUUUUUGCCGUGUCAUACUGUCAUAUUAUACUGUUCGAUAUGAUUUCUAAAAUGUAUUAUUUAAUUUAAUGAUUGACUUAUUAUAAUAUAUUUAUACUUCACUAAUA